AUGUCUUCCAUGUCGAUCAACGACCACAUCCAAGCCGUCGAAGCUGCUACCACCGGCCAGGCCGACUUUCUCAAGAGCAUCAAGACCGUCUACGUCUCGCCAACCAAGACGUCCCUCGCGGACUUCACCCUCAUCUGCAGCUCACCAUACUUCCAGCACCACAUCGAGCAUGUGAUCUUUAUUCCCCGCGUGGGAUGUGGAGCUAGUCAAGCAUGGUACGAAGAGAAGAUGUGCAACGACUUCGAGAAAACCAUCUCUCACUCCGACUUGAGUGCUGAGGAGAUGCAACACGCUUUCGAGAUCUUCGACCAAGUCACCAUGGAGUAUGAGUUCGGCAUCGAGGACUUCGACGAUCCCGAUUCCAUGGGCUGCAUGGUCAUGGCUAUCAGCCAGGAGCUUCGGGAAGGCCUCAAGCAGUUGCCAAAGCUCAACGCCAUGUCCAUCCAGAACCUCAUCAACCACCCAGGAGUCAACGCCAUGCCAUUGUGGUUCAGCGAGUCUUUGCUUGAGGAGUACGCUCUCAAGGGCCUUGCUGGUGUUCGCGAGACCGCCGCUGGAGUGGCCGUCACUGACUAUCUGCGCGAGGUCCACGUCGGCGUUGUGCGUUGCGACACCAUCUUCGGCGCACUUUCGCCAAUGCUGGAGAGCCUCAAGAUGCUGGGCAAGAUCAAGAGCUUGACUCUCGGCGAUCGCAAAUUCAGCUCUCUGCACCAAGGUCAGAUUGACACCGACGUCGAAUUCGAGGAUCUCGAAGCCGUCUUUGGCAAUCUGACCAAGCUCAGCGUCAGCUCCGGCACCUUCUCCUCCCAUGGCGCGAUCGCCGAUUUCUGGCAGAACGUCGCCCACUGUGCCACCAACCUGGAAGAGCUGGUGAUCUUCGAAGACUCUGCAUACGAGGAAGAAGACGAGACCAGCGUAACAUCGACUGUCCUCACUGUGGGCAACUUCGCCAAUCUCGCCAAGCUGCACCUGUACGACAACCAGAAGAAGUGCGGGAUCGUCAAUGCUCAGGACUUCCUGGAUUUCACGCAGAGACAUCGCGAUGAGCUCCGCGAAGUCGUCCUGCAGGGCAUCAUGCUCGCCAUGUGCAAUGAAGAUGAAGAACUCCUCGACACCAUGUACCAUUGCCUAUGGCAGAUCAAGGAGCAGAUGCAGCUGAGCAAGUUCGAGAUGCAGCUCUACCGUCGCGAUGAGCACGAUGAUUUCGGCGAAUGCACCAACGGCGGCUUUGAAGCUUGCGACGAAUCCUGCGAGAGCUACAUCAUGCCUUUCCAAUACCUCCACCGCUGCGAGAUCGCUCACUUGGCACAGCAGCUCAACGUCUUCCAGCAUGCGAGAGGCUGGAACUUUGGCGACUAUGUCAUGAAUCCCGACUCUGCGAUUGGUAGCCUUUUGAAGGCGUGCGAAGGACAAGUCGGCGGGGGCAGAGAUGCAGACGUGGUCGAGAGUGAGAGCGAGUCUGCGGUUGAGAACGGAUGGGAGUCUCCGGUUGGAGGCGAUGAUGGAUAUGACAUGGACAUGGAGUGGGACAGCGAUGAGACCAUGUAUUGA